UAAAAAUAUCAAUUUUUUUUUUUUGCACGGUUUUUGAAAAAAUAUGUCUUCAUUCAGUGCCGCAAUCAAUUCCAUCUUUGUCGCCUAAAUACGUAUGAGAUUGUGGGAAUCCGACAGACAUCAAGACAAGAUGGUGGAUAUAUUCCAAAGGAGUUGCGAUGGAGUCAACACUGCUGUCGGAAUUAUGCAAUCGAUGCGGAUUACAGAUGUGCGACAGAUCCUAGACUUUAUCGGUGUCCAUCAUGUUGAAGUCAUUUUGGGUCUUUGUUUUUUUCUGCUGAUGCAGUUUACCAAAUUCACUGGAGUGCUACUCUUAGCCGUUGCAAUAGCCUUUGGCAUAUUCUACAUGUGGGACACAUAUUUUCCGGAAUUGAGCCAAAGGCGUUCCGUUAAUACUGUAACGAAUGACUACUACUAUGCACGAAGUGUUCGGGACGCUCAAUCUUCAGCACGUUUACCACCCUUCAUCAAUACAUCGACCAACAAUUCGGAUCAGGAGGUUUACGGUGGUAAUCAAAAGAGAUUAAGGGACAUUGCCACCUACACUAACUUUUCGAGUGGUCAAUCCUCGCCACGUUACAGUGACAACAGGAUGCUACAUGUUAUAGCUCCCCAAGCAAUUGGCAGCCGGGGAACAGAAAUGUCUGGUGCAAACACUCCACUUGGCCAUUUAGGUUCAAUGUCCAACCAAGCCUUGGCAAGAGAAGCUAGAGGUGGAAAUCGCUAUCAAGACAGGCAAUAUAAUCGUCAAUCCAAUAAUCAAUCCUAUAAUGAGAGUGGAUACUCUGAUUAUAGAUCUAGUCGAAGCACAAGACAGCCUCCCGUGUAUCAAGAUGAUAAUAGAGCCCGUCGAACUAGGGGUUCCAGUAUUAAUGAUGAUGCUAGACCCACAAAAAGUCGACGUAGUACCAAAGAUCGUCCCUCCAGCGGUAGGAGGCAGUAUAAAAGUGAGCAAAAUGAAAAUUAUCGAGGCCACGAGAGGAAACCAUACACCACUGCAGCAGGACCAUCAACACCUUCAUAUCGAUCUACUACCCCUGGCUCUGGAAAUCAGUUUGCAAAUUCUGCUCAAUACUCCACAUCAAGCAAUCGCAGUCAAUCGGAGAGGGACAAUCAAAACCAGAGAAAUCAGAGAACUCCGAUCCAAUCGGGCAACAACACUCCCAAUAGACAUAAAUCAAGUCGCAGAAAUUCCAAUCAAUAAAAUGAAGCCAAUUGAUAAAGAGACUAUGAAAUUCAACCUAAGCGAUUCUAAUAAAAACCGAGAGAACCAAUAUCCUUUUAUUGUGGAGCUAAAUAAUUGCAUCAGUUUGAUACUUAAACCAGAGACUUUAAAUAGUUACGAAAUUGAAUCGAAUGGAAUUUAAUGGAAACAGUACAGCAAUGAAGCAGUGGAUUACCAGAAAAGAUACAACAUUCUGGAAAUGGAAAUUACUCAGUUUUUAAAAAAAAUAGCAGAAUAAGCAAAGCUCCCAGAAUCAAAUUCUAAUGGCAUCAAUAGAGGAAAACAGUGAAGCAAAUGAUGAAAAUCCAUCUAAAGAAUACUAAAAUUAUUCGUGUAAUGGACAACAAGACCAAAACAAAUUGUAACUUUUCCAAAUUAGUGGUAAAUAAAUGAAAGGGGAUUUUCAUAAAUUUUAAAAAA